UUAACUUUAUUUGAAUGGAGGAAAACUCAUAAAGAUAUUAACAACAAGAAUCUUGUAUACAUGUAAAAAAACAACAACAUCCAUCUCAAUUCAAUAAGUUUCACUCACAAAUCUUUUUUAGAUCAUUUAAAUGUAUUGAUAGCCUUUUUAUUUGAAGCUAGCUUACCCGUACAAUGCCUGUUCUCAAUAAUAAUAAUAAUAAUAAUAAUAAUAUUAUUGUCAGUCAAUAUCUGUAGAAAUGCUUUUGCUCUCCUCAUAAUUUGAAUUCUAACAAAUAGUCAAAUAUAAAAAAUAUUGAUUGUCUGAAUAAAACAAUAAUACAAUGUCUCCCCUCCUCACCCAUGCAAUGCCUGUUCUCAAUAAUAAUAAUAAUAAUAAUAAUAGUAAUAUUGUCAGUCAAUAUCUGUAGAAAUGCUUUUUCUAGCCUCAUAUUUUGAAAUAAUAAAAAAUAGUCAAAUGUAAAAAUAUUGAUUGUCUUAAUAAUAAAAUAAUAAUACAUUGUCUUCCCCUCCCCCCAACCCCCUGUUUUGAAGCUAGAACAAUGUCUGUCUCGGACUGCAGUACCCAGCAGGGUGAUGAAUCCAAUCGAGAGAACAUGGAGUUCAAGCGACUCCACUCGGAGCUCCUCAGAGUGGCGUGCGUGAAGUUGAUCGAGGACACGGACGCCGUGUGCAAGCGCAUGCAGAGCGACGACAGCAAGGGGCUGGGUCAGCGGGUCAGAGACAUCCAGUUUCUGCAGAAGGAGUUGGAGACGAAGCUGGGUGAGACCAUCGUGGAGAUGGACCUUCUCCUGGCGUCGCAGAGCAGAGAGGCGAGAGCCCUGGAGGCGUGCCAAGAGCCUCUGAGAAUCACCGUUGUCUGUCUGGAGGAGAGAAUGAAGCGCUCCCCGUCCGAGAGGCGCCACGACCAGGUGGACCGAGAGCUGCUGAGGGAGCGGGAGGUCAUCGAGGCGGCGACGCUCCUCCUGCAGACCGCGGCACGGAAGAUCGCCGAGCAGCUCCGAUUGAACCGAUCCGUUCAGUCCAAGCUGCAGCAGGAUCUGCAGGAGAAAUCUGAGGCUCAGAGCAUCGACAACUCCUGUGUUUUAAUGACCACCCGGUGCACGCAGAACCGGCCCAACCGCGGCCCGGCGCUGCUGCCGAGCCUGUCGGUGCUCCCGGUGCAGUGGGAGAACAUCACCGAAAUCCUCAUGGCCCGAGCGGAGCAGCAGAAGGCCGACUCCCUGGCCCUGAGGGCCGCGGUGGAGUCCCUCCUGGAGCAGACGGAGGCCGACGUGAAGAAGCAGGCCCGGGCCACGGCGGCGGCCCUCCAGCUCAACGUCUGGGAGAUCAAGAGCGCCAGGAGACAGAUGACGGAGCAGCUGGCCACGAUCCGGUGUGAGCUGGCCGGCCAGCAGCAGAUCAGAGAGGACCUCCAGGCCGCCAUCUCAGAGAACCGGUGUGUUCUGGGUCUGGCUCAGGCCCGUCUGGCCCUGCGGCUCCAGAGACCCUCCAAGGAGCAAUGCCUGGACCGGGCGCAGUGCCAGCUGCACGCCGAGGUCCAGCAGCUCAACGCUCACAUCCACCAGCUGAGCCAGGCUGCGGCCCAAUCAGAGGAGGAGCAGAGGGCGCUGGUUCGAUGCCAGGGGGAGCUGCAGGAGAACGUGGAGCUGAAGACCAGCUCUCUGCACAUCGAUGAGGUCGUCCUCGCCCGCCACAGGGAGCCGCUCAUCACGCACAGCUUCUGACGGCUGCAGCAACAGUCAUUAUGUGUUCAAAUAAAUCAAUAUGAAGCCUUUUAUAGGAGACUUAAGCAGCAACUUUUUAUUUAUCUUUUACAGAAACUGAGGAAGUUGCUCAACAUGAUGUUUAUGACUCAAAAGAUUGUAUUUACUUAUUUAGAAAAUUAGCUUUAAAGUUUAGUUUCUUUAUUUAACAGGAGGAGCAUUUACAAAGUAGUCAAGCUUUUCAACGUUCAAG